AUGAUGGGCGCAUACCCAGAUGGAAGUAGCAAAGAAAAGCGGAGAGCUGCAAUCGCGCAGGCUUUAGCUGGAGAAGUCAGUGUGGUGCCUCCAUCUCGUCUUAUGGCUUUGCUGGGCCAGGCGUUGAAGUGGCAGCAGCAUCAGGGCCUGCUUCCUCCUGGUAUGACAAUUGACUUGUUCCGAGGCAAAGCAGCCGUGAAAGAUGUGGAGGAAGAAAAGUUCCCCACACAGCUGAGCAGACACAUAAAGUUUGGGCAGAAGUCACAUGUGGAGUGUGCCCGGUUUUCCCCAGAUGGCCAGUAUUUGGUCACUGGCUCUGUGGAUGGCUUCAUUGAAGUAUGGAAUUUCACUACUGGAAAGAUCAGGAAGGAUCUGAAAUACCAGGCACAGGAUAACUUUAUGAUGAUGGAUGAUGCAGUGUUGUGCAUGUGCUUCAGCAGAGAUACAGAAAUGCUAGCAACUGGAGCACAGGAUGGAAAGAUCAAGGUGUGGAAAAUCCAGAGUGGUCAAUGUCUGAGAAGAUUUGAACGAGCACACAGUAAAGGUGUUACCUGCCUCAGUUUCUCAAAAGACAGCAGCCAGAUUCUUAGUGCUUCUUUUGAUCAAACAAUCAGGAUUCAUGGCUUAAAGUCUGGCAAAACUUUAAAGGAAUUCCGUGGUCAUUCCUCCUUUGUCAAUGAAGCUACUUUUACCCAGGAUGGCCACUAUAUUAUAAGCGCAUCCUCUGAUGGCACCGUGAAGAUUUGGAAUGUGAAGACAACGGAGUGCUCAAAUACCUUCAAAUCCCUUGGCAGCACUGCUGGGACAGACAUUACUGUGAACAGUGUCAUUCUGCUGCCUAAAAACCCCGAACACUUCGUCGUUUGCAACAGAUCAAAUACAGUUGUCAUUAUGAAUAUGCAGGGACAAAUUGUGAGAAGCUUCAGCUCUGGUAAGAGGGAAGGUGGUGACUUUGUCUGCUGUGCCCUGUCUCCCCGUGGUGAAUGGAUCUACUGUGUUGGUGAAGAUUUUGUGCUCUAUUGCUUUAGCACAGUGACUGGCAAGCUGGAGAGAACUCUGACAGUCCACGAGAAAGACGUCAUCGGCAUUGCUCAUCACCCCCACCAGAACCUCAUUGCCACCUACAGCGAGGACGGGCUCCUCAAGCUCUGGAAGCCAUAGCUUGCAUUUCAGUGAGCUGUGAUGCGUGCCUGUUGUAUGCAGGGUAUUGAUGUUCGUGCUUCUACGAGGUCUAAAUCCACUGAGCUUGAUACUUGCUCAAUUUUCAGUUCAGGUUUCCAGAAAACAUUUUUUUUUUUUUUUAAUUCUUGGUGUAAAACUAGUAAGGUUGGUGCUACAUACACCAGCGAUUGAUUUCAAAUACU